CGGUUUAUAUUUUGUGUUCGCGGGUACAAAACAAGUUGUGAAAUUGUCUUCUGCUGUGUUUUCGUUAAAUUAACUAGUUUAUUGUUGUGUUUUUAAAUUAAAAAUGGAUAUUGAAUUACCAUACAAAGCUGAAUAUUCUAAAACUGGUAGAGCAAGCUGCAAAGGAUGUAAGACUAAAAUCGAUCAGGAUAAUUUGCGUAUAGCUGUUAUGGUCCAGUCUGCAUUUCAUGAUGGGAAACAGCCAAAUUGGUAUCACGAAAAGUGUUUUUUUACUAAACACCAUCCUGCAUCUGCUGGAGACGUAGCAAAUUUUGAAAAUCUUCGAUUUGAAGAUCAAGAGAGGGUCAAAAAGGAAAUAGAUAGCUGCACUGCUGUUGUAGCUGGCGUUUCAAAAAAGGGUGGCAAACGAUCAAAAGCAGAAGUUAACGCCCUUAAGGAUUUUGGUAUAGAAUAUGCCAAGACAGGACGGGCAUCUUGUCGGGGUUGUGAGCAGAAUAUACUAAAAAGUCAAAUAAGAAUUCGUAAAACGGUUUACGACACUGAAGUUGGAAUGAAAUAUGGAGGUCAACCCUUGUGGCAUCACGUUGAAUGCUUUGCUCAAUUGCGCGGUGAAUUGGGAUGGUUUGAUACCGGUGAAAAUUUACCUGGCUUUAAAAGUCUAAAGAGUGAGGAUAAAAAUGAUGUCAAAAAGGCAUUACCGAUAAUUAAAAGUGAAGAUUGCCCUCCAGCAAAGAAGGCCAAAAUGGAGAAAUUAGAUGAGGAAGAUGAAAAGUUGUCUAAAGAGGUGGUCGAAAACAUGAAACAACAGAACAAGCGAUUGUUUAAAUUUCGGGAUCAGAUCAAAGAUGAAAUGAAAAGAAAUGAUAUAAUACAAUUAUUAGAGAAUAAUGGGCAAGAGCCUGUAAAAGGCGAUUCGGAAAAACUGUUAGAUCAAGUAGCAGACCUUUUAACAUUUGGUGCUAUUUUACCCUGUCCCGAGUGCAAGGGUAGACAAUUGCUAUUCCAAAAAUCAGGUUAUUUAUGUAAUGGUCAAUUGACAGAAUGGACAAAAUGCACAAAUCUAAUAAAAGAGCCGGAGCGCAAAGCAUGCAAAAUUUCAAGCGAUUUUAAAUCUCAAUAUCCAUUCCUAAAAAAUGUUCGUAAGGCACCGGAGAUACGAGUCAUCCAAUAUAUUCCACCAAGUGCUUUAACAGUUGCUAAAAGUAUUUCAGUUAAGAAAGGAGAUGAAGCUGAUGGACCUAAAGUAAAGCGUGAACGCCCUCCGUUAUACAAGAUGGAAUUUUCAUUAUAUGGCAUAGACGAUGAAGAUGAAAUUAAGAAACGUAUAACUAAACUUGGCGGAAAAUGUGUAUCGAGUAUAAAAGAACAUACUACUGCUGUAUUAUCUACAUCUGAAGAAGUUAAACGUAUGGGAAGUCGUAUUAAAAAGGCUAAAGAAUUAGGAUUGCAUGUUAUACCAAUAGAGUAUUUAGAUGCAGUUGAAUUAAAUGGUGCAGGCGCCAUUAAUUAUAUAAGCAGCAUGUCUUUAUGUGAUUGGGGUACCGACCCUGCUGCUAGAAUCCAACAAGAUGAAGUUAAAAGUUCUAAAUCGAAAAGUAUUUACACCAAAUCAGUGCCGAAAUCUAUGACACUUAAGAUCAAAGAUGGUCUUCCUGUUGAUCCAGACAGUGGUUUGGAGGAUGUUGCCCAUGUAUACGUGUCUAAAAAUAAGGAUAAAUAUAAUGUUGUUCUUGGCAAAACUGAUAUCCAAAGUAAUAAGAAUUCAUAUUAUAAGUUACAACUUUUGGAAAGCGACAAUAAAAAUAGAUAUUGGGUAUUUAGAUCGUGGGGUCGUAUUGGAACCACAAUUGGAGGAAACAAAUUGGAAAACUUUGAUAAUCUUAUGUAUGCUAUAAAAUCUUUCAAGGAAUUGUAUUUGGAAAAAUCAGGAAACCAUUUUGAAAAUCGUCAUAAUUUCGAAAAGGUUUCUGGUAGAAUGUAUCCUAUAGAUAUUGAUUAUGCUGAAGAUGCUAAAAUUGAUUUGUCUGCCGAACAUGGUGUCAAGUCGAAACUUCCGCAACCAGUUCAAGAUAUCAUUAAACUUAUGUUCGAUGUCGAUACUAUGAAAAGAACAAUGAUGGAAUUUGAUUUGGAUAUGGAAAAAAUGCCUUUGGGCAAAUUAAGCCAAAAACAGAUACAAACAGCGUAUAAAGUUUUAACUGAAAUUUAUGAUCUUAUUCAAAAAGGUGGUUCCAAUGCAAGUUUUAUUGAUGCUACUAAUCGGUUCUACACUUUGAUACCACACAACUUCGGUACUCAAACUCCACCAUUGCUCGACACCAGCGAGCAAAUUGAAAAACUCCGUCAAAUGCUGGACUCACUUUUGGAAAUUGAAUGUGCUUACAAUCUUCUACAAACUGAAGACUCCAAGGAAGAUGUAAACCCCAUCGACAAGCACUACGAACAAUUAAAGACGAAACUGGAACCAAUAGACAAGAACAGCGAAGAAUUUUCUUUACUUCAGAAAUAUGUUCAAAACACACACGCUGCCACUCACAAUAUGUACGAAUUGGAGAUCGUGGAUAUUUUCAAAGUGGCCCGUCAAGGGGAAGCUCGCCGUUACAAACCAUUCAAAAAGCUCCACAACCGUCGUUUACUUUGGCACGGUUCUCGCCUUACCAACUUUGCUGGUAUUUUAUCUCAUGGUUUAAAAAUAGCUCCGCCAGAGGCCCCCGUAACUGGUUAUAUGUUCGGCAAAGGUAUAUAUUUUGCAGAUAUGGUCUCAAAGUCUGCAAAUUACUGUUGCACUAGCAAGCAGAAUUCAACUGGUCUUAUGUUACUAUCAGAGGUUGCACUUGGAGACAUGAUGGAAUGUACUGCCGCCAAAUAUGUUACUAAAUUGCCAAAAGAUAAACAUAGUUGCUUUGGUCAUGGACGUACAAUGCCUGAUCCCAGUGAAUCUGUUAUUCGCGAAGAUGGCGUUGAAAUUCCAUUAGGCAAACCAAUUACCGAUGACAAUCUUAAAUCAUCUCUAUUGUACAAUGAAUUUAUUGUGUACGAUAUUGCUCAGGUUAACAUUCAAUACAUGUUCCGUAUGAAUUUUAAAUAUAAUUUAAAUUAAGAAAUCAUCAAAUGUUUAAAUUAAUAAACAUUUGCUGAAUAUUAUUCGUUAUUCUACUACUAAUGUUUUGUAUGAAUUGUUUUUUUUUGUCAAUGUCAUAAAAUGGAAUUUAUUAACAUACUAUUCACCAUGGUAUAAAUAUAUUAGAAGGUAGUUUCAAUUUGCCUUAAUGUCAGUCUGAUUAACCAUCUGACAAGAAAGGCGAUUUGAAGUUUAUGUAUAAAAUAAAGCUACCAUAUUCAUGAAUAUUAAUCCCACAUUUCAUUUUAAAUAUUCAAACUUAAAAUAAAUAACAAAUAUUUUAAUUCAAAUAAAAAAAAAAUUUAACACAACAAAAAAAUAUUUUUAUAAAAAUGAGCUGUCUUUUUCCGAAAUGCGAAAGCAAGAAACACCAUUCAAGCGUUUCAAAUAUACAUUUCUUUAAAAUACCUACUAUACCGUAUAUACGCAAAGAAUGGCUAAAGUUACGUAUGUUAGAUUUUUGGUUGAAGUUUAUUCGUAAUAUUUCCAUUUGAAAGGUGUGCAAUAUCGAAGAAGACGAUUUGCCAGGUGAACCUUUAGUAUGUUCCCUACAUUUUUCCAGACAAGAUUUAAAAAAUAAUGAGAAGAAUGUUCGCGUCAAUAGAAACGCUAUUCCAAUGUGCCCAAGGUAAUUAUUAUUUUGUGUUUUUUAAACAAAUGAUUUUUAUUUUAAAAGGUCUAACGGAAGGAACUAAGGUCCCUAAUCAAUCCUUAAAAUUAAAAAAAGACAUAUACGAUUUAGCCCAGACGAAUAUUAAACUGGGUCUUUAUUAAAUCUAAGAUGAUCUAUCUAUGUCAGUCCAUCUGUCUGUUGAAAGCACGAUAUAGUCCGAACAGAAAGAGCUAGGGUAAAUAUUCUCUAUUGCUUGAAUAUUCUCUACUGAUAAGAUAUGUUUUGUAUUAUAAAUGAAAAUAUCGGUUGAUGCCUUUACCUAGCCUCCAUUACAAAAGGCCCCGGAAUAUGUUUAUACCGUCAUAUCUGUUUUAAAAAUACCUACUUAUAUACUUAAAAAUACCUCUUUAUUUUAUGGCAUACGAUUUUCGGCAUAACCGAAUAUAACAUUUAUAAUUGUAUUAUGUAUUAUGCGUUUGUGCUGAUGUUUGUAACGUACCUUAAACUAUAGCUAUCGACUCAUAAUCACUUCCUUAGUCGACUAAGACAUGUCCGUCGGUCUGUCUUCAGCAUUUUUCCGAAUUCGGCAUUUAAAUCGUUAUUUAAAACAAAAUAAAUUUAUAAAUGUAACAAAAAAAAUGAAAAAAGUUAUAACAUAAUUAACAACAUUUUUUUGUACUUAAUUGAUUAUAAUUAUUGAGAUAAAGUUAAGUAAGUAAAACAUAAUAAAAAUCAUUAUUAAUUCCACUAAAGCUUAAUUACAUUUUGAUUUAAAAAGAACGCAUUGCAAAUAAGAUUCAAAUUCAACAUCCACUUAUAUAUAUAUAUAUCGUUGUACAUCAUUUAUGAAUUACACAUAUGUGUUUAAAAAUUUCUCAAUGUAUUUUACACUUUUUCUUAAUAUGGCAACGCUCUUUUGAAUAUUUACACAAAUAAUAAACUUCAAACAUCUCCUUUCUUGUCAACAAAUUCAUAUUGAGACAACCUUCUAUAUUUUUAAAUCAUGCUAUUCACAAUACUUACUUUAGUGUAAGAUUCGAAUUGAAAUAUCACGUUACGUUUCGCUUUUAAUAGAAAUAAACGUUAUUCGCAAUUA